ACGACACACAACGACCCUGCAGUCUGUACUUUUGCGGUGGUAGUCCACAUUCAAGAUGCUCACCUCCACUACGCUUGGAGUGAUUUUGAUAGCUGCUUGGAUUUAUCCAAGUUCCGCGCUCUAUUUCCACAUAGGAGAGACGGAGAAAAAAUGCUUCAUAGAGGAAAUUCCGGACGAAACCAUGGUUAUCGGAAAGUACAAAACUCAGCUGUGGGACAAACAGACAAAUUCCUUCCUGCCAUCCACACCUGGUCUUGGGAUGCAUGUUGAGAUCAAGGAUCCUGAUGCAAAGGUCAUCCUUUCACGUCAGUAUGGUUCCGAUGGGCGAUUUACAUUCACUUCCCAUACUCCUGGAGAGCACCAGAUAUGUCUGCACUCCAACUCCACCAAAAUGGCGCUGUUUUCUGGAGGGAAACUGAGAGUGCAUCUGGAUAUUCAGGUCGGAGAACAUACCAAUAACUACCCUGAAAUUGCAGCCAAAGACAAACUAACUGAGCUUCAGCUGCGUGCCAGACAGCUUCUGGAUCAGGUGGAACAAGUCCAGAAGGAGCAAAAUUACCAGAGGUAUCGAGAGGAGCGCUUCCGUAUGACCAGCGAGAGCACCAACCAACGUGUCCUCUGGUGGUCCAUUGCCCAGACGCUCAUCCUCAUCAUCACAGGAAUAUGGCAGAUGAAGCACCUCAAGAGUUUCUUCGAAGCAAAGAAACUUGUUUAGCCAGAGAAUGAAGGGGAGCAACAGACACGUUUGUAGACCGACUUGAAUGACCGGAACGAAGACUCGCUCGCGAAAAUUCACGCAGAGACGUUUUUUUUUUGUUGAGUGGAAGGAUUGUGCAAAUUCUAAGGCACUGAGUUGCUGUUCUCAUUUUGUUUUAGUUGUUGGACAACAUCAGGCAUCUUUUGGUAAUGCAUCAGUGGAUUGAACAAUUUUUUUGUGACGUUUUGUAUCCAUUAACUAAUUGACUGCGGUGGACGUCCAAUCCUUUUUAACUGGGACGACUGGGAGUGGAUUCGAUAUCUAUCGGCAUCAUCGAUGGCAACGAAACAUGAUCAUUCACUGCCAGCCCUCAGUUAAUAUAAAUUUGACGUCUAUCACCGUCAGGGGCAGCCAAUGAGUUAAUUUCACUAUUGAGUAUAUUCCCGUUUUCCAACAUCUCUUUUGUGUUUAGACUUGAACAAAUAAAGGAUUUAAAUGUUGUAUAGGUGUCAGUGGAAAAGUAUAUACGGACAACUUGAAUUCUUAACAGUUGGUCUGAAAUUUGUAUUUUUUUUGGUUGGUUUUUGGCGAUAAUUUUACUGCAGAUGAAGUCAUUUGAUAUUCGUGCAAGUUUUUUCAUCCAACUUAUUUAUUACUAUAUGGGAAUACUACUACAUAAAAUACACCAGUGCUGGAAAGGGGAAACACCUGAUUAAGCCAUAUGUUUGGAUUUUUCGCGUUGCGGUUUUAGAUUUUUGCUGUUCAUAGAAGUUCCAUUUGAAUCUCAAAUUCCUGAGAUGCACUGCAGCUGACCAUAAAAUGUUCCUUCAAAGUCUUGUCACUUCCCCAUGGUUAAUAAAGAAAUUUGGUCUUA